CGCCGCAACGCCAAUGUUGGCUGCCUAAUCGCUUUUUAUGUUUGUCUCACGCCGGAACGCCGGCGUGGGCUGCCUCAAUUGCUAACGCUGCGCUCGCGGCGCCACUGAUAAGGUAGCUACUGCAGACCAUCGAUGCUGCCUGGCGGAAGCCAUCAGCGGCGGCCCAAGCACGAUGCUGAGGCUGGCCCUGCGGAGAAGCAAGUCGACGAGCCGGCGUCGAAGUACGCUCGCAUGCAAUGGUUCGUAGUCACAUGGCUCGUUUGCGACAACGUGUUGCUCACGUUUGGCAGUCUGGGCAAAAAGAGCUCGCGUGCCGCUUUUUUCCACGCCGAGAUGCUAGUCUUUCCGAUCAGUAUAAGCCUGAACAUGUUAUACGAAUUCGGCACACUGGACUCGUUGGCCAUCGGUGGGCGUGCGCUUGUUAUUUGGGUCAUUUUCUGGCUCUACCAGGCGGUUCUUACACCCGUAGCGAUGUGGGCGCGCGGAGAAUCGUUCCUUCGGGGAUUGAUGCCUCUAGUUGCGUUCUUGUUCAUGGCUACGGCAUUCGGAGGGUUAAUUCGAAUCCUUCGGGAAGAAUUGCGCGCUCUCGGCUCCCUGGACGAGACGACGCGCCGUAUCACGACCAGAUUGCUUGAAAUUAUGGGCCUCCAGGCAGCGCUGGUGGUUAUAGGACUCACGCACGGAAUAGAAAGAAGUGCAUUUAAUCGCAUUUCCGCUACGAUAUUCUUCUCAAUAUCACUGAUAAUGGCCUGGCUUUACUCACUAGCCAUCUUCGAUGUCGCGGGGGUCGAUGCUGUGGCGGCAACCCAGCUGAAACUCAGCCCCAUAGAAGGCGCGGCUUUAUCUUUCACCGGCCUGCUUGUACUCGCUGGGCUCGCCAGCUAUAUUCUCUCGGAGCAGGCGCGGCCGAAGAGAGGAACAGUUAUGGUCGUGGGCGACACGUUCAUGGUCUCGAUGUUCGGGGCCUACUUUUGCACCGCGAGAAUAGUCUGGGUCGCCCGACGCAAGCGGCGGUCGAAGGUACGCGAGGACCCGGACGCGCCAGCGUAACUAGAG